GCAAUUAUCAUUUUCCAUUUGGAGUUCCACAAAUAAGCAUUGAAGCACUCCUACGAGGACUUAGCGCUACUUGGCAACAAAUCGCGAAACCAAUUAAUAAAACCUAAUCAACCAUGAAAUUCUUCAUUGCUGUAUUUACAAUUUACGCUGCCGCUUCGGUUGCCAGUGUUACGGCCAGCGGUGGUUAUGGAGGUGGCGGCAGCUCAUCAGGUGGUUCAUCAUACGGUGGCGGCAGCAGCGGCAGCGGCGGCAACAGCGUAUCCAUACCAGCACCACCAUGCUCCAACAAUUACUUGUUCAGUUGUCAGCCGAAUUUAGCACCAGCACCUUGUUCACCACAAUCGGCACCCUCAUCUGGUGGUUACGGCUCAGCCGGCGCCUACUCCCAGCCCAUACCGCAAUAUAUGAAUAUGCCACUCGCACUCAGUCUUAACGACUAUCAAGCAUUCCAAGGACUAAGAGGUUACUACGCCUAGGCGAAGAGCGCAACGCUGUCGUCACAUACAUCUGAAACUCAUACACAUAUAGACAUUAGACGCAAUUAUAUUCUCCGCAUCGAUAUUCCCAUUAAAUCUAUGCUAAGUGCAGAUACAUUAGCGUAGGUAGACAUAAGCAGAAGGAAAAACUCAUAAACAUAAUUUAAAACUGUUUUAAGGUUUUAUUAUGACAAAAAAAAUAAA